AUGGCUGCUGCUGCUGCGGAUGGAGACUGCGCUGUCCGUGUCGCUGAUUAUGUCGACGACAAGCUGCAGACCUCGGCUGACCUGGCCACCGUUGAUGCCCUCUUGACCGACGUCAGGACCAGAUAUGGCUUGCUCAAGUCCCAACUCGACCAUGCCACCCGCGAAUUGGAAGAUGCAAAGAAAGCCUCUCGGGACCACGCCAUCCAGCUUCAUCGCCAGUCUGAGCAAUUCAACAAGGUCCAGGAUGAUAUCACUCGCCGCCUUCAGAUUGUCAUGCAAUCUGAGACUAGCGACGACGCCGUCCCGCAGUUCGAUGCCAUCUUCCAGAAGCUACAACGUCUCGACGUGGCCGCCGGUUAUGUUGGUUUGCUCAAAGAGGUGGACACGUUGAGUCAAGAGAGCGACCGUCUCCUGGACACCCCGGGGCAAGAUGCACUCGAGCCAUAUCGUCGCCUCCGCACUCUUGCUGCUACACUGGGCCCUUUACAAGACGCUGCGGACGGAGCAGCUCCGCAUCUGCUACACGAUGUGCAGAAGCGUGUGCGGCAUGUGUACGGCCGGAUCAAAGAGUCGUACGCAACAGAGCUGGACAAGCUCCUGCAUCAGCUCGGAUGGCCCAAGUCCGACGUGGUGAUACCUGCGACUCUACAAGACGAGUGGGACGACUGUGUCGGUAAGCUGCUGGACUUGCAGAGACUAGAUCUUCUCGAACAGGAAGAAUCAAAGACCAAACAGGGUUCCGACAAGGGUCCGACAAUAUUGCUACCGCUGGAGGUGUUGGUGCUGCCGCUGGAAAUGAGGUUCCGCUACCAUUUUGAAGGAGAUCGGCCGACGAACCGGCUGGAGAAGCCGGAAUACUUCCUCUCGCAUGUCACCUCACUCUUGGCCUCGUACAAUACCUUCAUCGUGAGCUACGUGCAGCCUGUGCUACUCAACCGUUUCCGCGGUACCGACUUGGCAUUCAACGCCGCAUACAUCGAUGCCACCUCCGCCCUCAUUACGGCCCUGUUACCGAUGGUCCGAACCAAGGUAUUCUCUUCGAUACAGCGUGCUGCUGCUCAGCCGCAGCUCCUGAGUCAUUACAUGCAUGAGCUUAUGAAUUUUGACACGACCAUCCGAGAUGAGUGGAGAUACGAAGGGGGAUAUGGCAUUGAAGGAUGGAAAGGCAUCACGUGGGAGGUACUUGUGCAGAUGGACCUCUUCGGCCGGUGGCUGCAAGUUGAGAAAGACUUUGCGCUCGCCCGAUACAGAGAUAUUAUUCAGUCACCUGAUAGUGGAGAACUCGACUUUGACAGCAUGGAUGCGGGCGCCACGAAGCCGACCAAGGCAGCCAUCCGCGUGAACGACUUGCUCGAGACGAUAACCGAGCGCUACCGCCCUCUAUCCUCAUUCUCCCAGAAGCUGCGCUUCCUCAUCGACAUUCAAAUCUCCAUAUUCGACAGCUACCACGCCCGACUUCACGAAGCGCUAGAGGCGUACCUGACCCUGACGUCGACCGUGGGUCGCAGCCUCCAAGGGACGACAGCCGAAGAAGACUCCUCGUUGAAAGGCGUCGGGGGCCUAGACCGACUAUGCCGCGUGUACGGCAGCGCAGACUACCUCGAGCGCGCGAUGCGUGACUGGAGCGACGACGUCUUCUUCCUCGAGCUCUGGGAAGAGCUCCAAGAUCGGGCGCGGAACAGCGCAUCGCUAGGCAAGACGACAGCCGCCAUGUCCGUCACCGACGUAGCAGAAAAGACCUCGUCGACAGUCGGCAGCGACGGCGAAGGCGGCGCCCUCUUUGACGAAACCGCGUCCGCAUACCAGCGCCUCCGCGUCCGCGCAGAGAAGAUCAUCGUCGAGACACUCAAUCACGCAGUCUCCCUGGCCCUGCGGCCCUACACGCGCAUCAACCCCUGGAGCACGCUCCCAGCCUCCGGACCCAGCACAUCGGCCCUGCCAACGACCACGACAACCGCCGAGCUCGACACCACGCUGCACACGCUCCGCGAAUCCUUCACCUUUCUCGCCCGCGCCGUCGCCCAGGCGCCCCUCCGCCGAGUCGUCCGCCAGGUGCUCGCCUCGCUGCAGACGGCGCUCUGGAACGGCGUGCUGGUCAAGCACACCUUUUCGACUGCCGGCGCGGCACAGCUUGGCGCUGACGUGGCGUCUAUCUGCAGAGUUGUUGACUUGGCUGUUGGUGGUGGUGGUGGUGGUGGUAGUACGGGUAGCAGUGCAGUCGCAGAGUCCGGCCUGCGCAAGUUGCGCGAGGGCGUCUUGCUGCUUGGUCUGCCUUUUCGGAGUGGUGGUGGUAGUGGUGGUGAUAGUAGUGAGGAGGCAGCGUCUGGAUUGGGCCUGUGGCAGGUGGAGAAGAGGCUGUUUGCGGAUAAUGAGCAGGCGCGUGGCGUGCUGGAGGAGUUGGGCUUGGAGGUUGUGGGCGAGGCGGAGGCGAGGAGUGUGCUUGGGAGGAGGAUUGAGCUGGGGAGUUAGGGGUUGAGUCUGGGGGUGAGUCUGGGGGUGAGUCUGAGGGUGAGGUG